UCCUGUUAGUAGCGUACACAUACGGUGCAGCAAAGAGACAGCGUUAAGUCGAGAUUGUGUCAAGAUUGUUCGCGAUGCCGAAAGAUAUUGCAGCUUAUUUGGACGAACAGCAAAAAAUUAGUUCCGGACAGAUAACACAUAAAUGGACCGAACUAGAGGAACUUUACAACAAAAAAUUAUGGCAUCAACUCACUUUGAAGCUGCAGGACUUUGUAAAAGAACCUAUAUUUAGCAGUGGAGAUGGUUUAAUCAAAUUAUAUGAAAACUUUAUAUCAGAUUUUGAGCAUAGGAUCAAUUCUCUGGCUUUGGUUGAGCUUGUAAUCCAGGUGGUAAAACAGAUGAGUGAUGCAAACCAAGCUGUUGAAUUCCUUGAGAAGAUUAAAGAAAAGAUUAAAAGUAAUGAAGAAGCAAAAAUCUUAGUGUUAACCACCAUUGCCACUUUAAAAUUAAAAAGUGAUAAACUUGAUGAUACAAAGAAAAUCAUAGAAGAAGCUCGAGAACUGCUAGAAGGAUUAGAUGGCGUUACCUCAGUCCAUGGACGUUUCUAUAACUUAUCAAGCUCUUAUUUGCACAUCAUUCACAGCCAUGCUCCAUAUUACAAAGAUGCUUUACGCUUUUUGGGCUGCACUGACAUGGAAGAUAUUCCUGUUGAUGAAAAGCAACAAAGAGCAUACCAGCUGGGUAUUUCUGCCCUCCUUGGAGAUGGUGUUUAUAAUUUUGGAGAAUUGUUGGCUCACCCUAUUGUAAACAGCCUUACUGGUACCAACAGAGAAUGGCUAGUACAACUGUUAUACGCUUUUAAUAGUGGCAACCUUUCUAAAUUUGAUAGCCUAAAGACACAUUGGGCUGCAGUGCCAGAACUUGUGGCAGAAGAAGUUGCUCUUAAACAAAAGAUCCGCCUGCUUUGUCUCAUGGAGAUGACUUUCAGCAGACCAGCAACUAGUCGUCAACUCUCUUUUGCUGACAUUGCCAGAGAAGCUGAUAUACCUUUAUAUGAAGUUGAACCUCUUGUGAUGAAGGCCCUGAGUUUGGGGUUAGUUUGUGGGCAUAUAGAUCAAGUGGACGAGAAAGUUUACAUGACCUGGGUGCAACCAAGAGUGUUGGAUUUGACUCAGAUAUCAACUAUGCAGAAACGCUUGAGUCAAUGGAGUGAUGAUGUCAACCAAAUGGAAAUACUUUUGGAAGACCGAGCUCAUGACAUCCUCACCUGAGCUAUCCUAUUACUUCUGUCAUAUCUUGCUAUUAUUGAACUCAUAGAAAUAAAAACAUCUCAUUUAUACAUUA